ACAAACUGAAAACAAAUUGAAAAAAUAAUUGAAGAGUAAACAUCAUAGGCGUCGACUUGUUAAAGUAUUUGUUCUUUUUUCUCGAUCAACUGUGCAUAAGGUUAUUUAACAAAAUUUCAAGCAAAAUUAGCGAUUUUUUUUUUUAAACACGUACUGAAAGUGUACGAAUUAGAAGAAAAAGCAAACAAGCAAAAUGACGAUUCUAGCGAAGUUAACAGGUGAAAAGAAGGAUCUGGAGAAGGUGCCGUUGCCAUUGCAUCUUAACGAUGAAGCCAUGAUGCAUCAUGGGUCUCUCAUCAGCGCCAAGGGAGGAAUCGCCUACAGCGAUGCGGAUACAGAGUCCAUGGUGUUCAACCGACCGCAGCACACUUGCCUGAAGUCGUUCUUGCUGUUCCUGAUAGCUGUGAUCGUGAUGUUGCUGGGCGUCCUCGGUGGCUGGACAUUGUACAGGUUCUAUGCGCCCAAUCAUGCGAACAUGCGCUAUCAUGCCUUGUGCGAUAUUCCUUAUGCCGAGGACUCCGCUGAGCUGCCUCGCUUCUAUCCACGCAACGAUGACGCUUUUGCCCUAAACUGGCGCUCUCUGUUGCCACUCUACGGUCCUAGCUCGAGUUCGAGCUCAAGUGAUACCUUGAUGAAUACCUCCUUGGAUGACAUCAAUGAGAACUUCUUCCGUGAGGAAAUUGAGCUGGACAACAGCGAUGAUGAUGGCUAUGCGAAGAUCGAUGUGCCCGACUUUAAGGAUGGUCGCCGUGGUCGCUUCAUGCACGACUUCAGGGAGAAUCAAUCGGCCAUUGUGGAUACCACCACCAAUAGAUGCUUCAUCAUGCCGCUGGAUCGCGAGACCACGCUGCCACCCAGCAGCUUUGUCGAUCUCAUGCAGAAGAUGGGAACUGGCUAUUACAACAUUGACACGGAGCGAGUGCGUCGCAAUAUGCGCGUGAUUACGCCACGGAUCACUGAUGUAUCCAGCAUCUCGGAGCGCAUUGCCAAUGAGUGCUACGACAUGAAGAUCUACAUGCUAGAGAAGUUUGUCUCAGGCGUGGCCAAGCGUUCGGCUGAUCCCCUGCCAGAGGCUGGCAAGUAUGCCGAAUUCAUGGGCAAGGGUGUCAUCGAGUAUGAUCUGUCCAACAUUGCCGAGGUAGAGGCAUACGAGGCGAACGAGGAGGCACAGCGCCAGGGUCGGGCUUGAGUGCAUUCACAAAACAUUUUAAUAUCUUAAACACACACAAACACCAUAGAAAAAAGAAAACGAAAAAAAAAACAAUUGACGAUUUGUGUGUAACAUGUAUUACGAUGAUCUGAAAGAGGCUUCCGGCCUCAAUUUUUGUAGUCUGUAGUUUCGAGACGCAUGCUUAUAAAUCAACUGGCAUCAGCAGAUGGGAGGAGGCUUAAAAUUGUUGAGCUCCGAGAGAGAAUAGUAAAUUAUAGACCUAGACCCUAAAUGAGAAAUGUACCUAGAAAGCAAUCUAAUGCGAUUCGACGAAAUUGUGACAAAUACAAAGCGAGUGUAGUGCUUGGAGAGAGAGAGAGAGAAAGAGAUAAGUGGUCAGAUGUUCAGGAUAAUGUUUAGAAUUGGGGACUCACUCAAAACAACAAAAAUAUCUAUUGUAUAUGGGAAAAAGGGAGACGCUAAGCCCAAAAAGACAAGCAUCCCAAAACACACUUGAUACAUAUAAAUACACACUGCAUUCAAUUCCAAGUACAUAUUUUAUAUUAUAUAUACUACGAUUUAAAACUCUAUAUCUCUAAAUACUAAAAACAAGUAAGCAAGCAAAUUAAUUAAACCAAAACAUAUUGUAUAGAACGACGAAUCGGUAAAGCUAUUUACAUCGCAAGAGAAACAACAACAAAAUCGGACAAACGAAACAAAUUAAUCUAAAUGUUCUUUAAUCGAUUUAAAUGUAUUAAAACGCGAAUUUGUGAUCUUUAAA